AUGGAAUCUGACCCGGCAGUUUCCUACGAUGAAGACUCUCACUCUCGAUCCUCGUCUCGCUUCACCUACCGCCACUUCCAGCUUCUACGGUCCUUCUCAACCCGCACUCCUCUCCGAGUCAUAGCCCACAUUGACCUCGAUGCCUUCUAUGCGCAAUGUGAAAUGAUACGGCUGGGCACUCCGCGAGAUCAGCCUCUGGCUGUCCAACAAUGGCAGUCUCUGAUCGCGGUCAACUAUGCUGCUCGCCCAUUUGGAGUCUCGAGAAUGAUCACUGCCGAGGAAGCAAGGAAGCUGUGCCCUCAACUACUUACGCCGCAUGUUGCGACUUUCCGAGAAGGGGAGGGGGAGAACUGGGCAUACAGAGACGGAGAUUAUUCUGUUCAAAAGGAUAAAGUCUCAUUAGACCCAUAUCGUGCAGAAUCAAGAAAGAUUCUAGCAACUAUGAAGGCAACACUUCUUACUUGGGCUGAAGGAGUAUAUGAAGGAUGUCGCGAUCAGUUUUCUGAACCUUCGGAUAUGGUACGACUUGAAAAAGCGGGUAUCGAUGAAGUGUUUGUAGACCUUUCAGCUCUUGUGUUUGGGACGCUGUUGCAACGCUAUGAAGUGCUCCGAUUAGCGGGUACCUUUGAGGGAUCAAAGGAUAGUCCUAACAGGCUUCUUCCUAGACCUGAGACCACUGCGCUUCUAUGGGGCGAAGACGAUGAAUUAAUCGAUUUGGAUACUGGUGAGUCUGAAGAAGAUGACCCGGAAUGGGAUGACGUCGUCAUACAGGUUGGUGCAGAAAUUGUAAAAUUUGUUCGGACAGCAGUAUGGGACCAGCUCAAAUACACUUGUUCUGGUGGAAUUGCGAGAAACAAAAUGAUGGCUAAACUAGGAAGUGCCUGCAAUAAGCCAAACCGACAGACUAUUGUCCGCAAUCGAGCCAUCCAACAAUUUUUGAGCGGCUACAAAUUUACCAAAAUUCGCUCAUUAGGAGGGAAGCUGGGGAAGAAAAUCGCGUCGGAAUUCGAAACAGACAAAAUCAGCGAUCUACUAAAUAUCCCACUGGAUCGACUAAAGAACAAACUGGAUGAUGACACGGGGGUGUGGCUCUACCAGAUCAUUCGUGGAGAAGACGACUGCGAAGUUACUCCGCGAACAGAAAUCAAAUCUAUGAUAUCAGCCAAAUCGUUCAACCCCAAACUAGUUUCUUUGGAUCAGGGGGAGAAGUGGAUGCGAAUAUUUGUUGCUGAAAUCUACGGGAGAUUGAUAGAUGAAGGCGUCCUGGAGAAUAAACGGCGUCCUAAAAUGAUUACAGUCCAUCACUAUGGCCCAAACCAGGACAAGUCUCGUCAGACACAUAUACCGACCGGUGGAGUCAUUGAUCAAACUAUGCUCUUUGAUCUAGCAAAGAAUUUACUUCAACAGGUCGUCAGUUGGCCCUGCUCUCAUUUAUCCCUCACUGUGAGUGGAUUUGAAAGCGGGAUCACUGGGAAUAAAAGCCUGGAUAAUUUCUUUAUCCGCGGUGCAGGUGAAACCCCAGUCUCACGACGCGGCAGCAACAUACCGAAUGAAAGCUGCCAGUCGGAGCCCCCUGAUGAUAACGUGGGACACCAAAGAAAGAAGCAAAGAGUCGGUGAGACCCAUGAACAGAACCCUUCGAAAGCAGUUGGUUUCUUCUCAAGAUAUAGAACCAACACUAACACCAAAGAAACGCCUGCUGAGCCUUGUUCUGAGAAGGCGGGAGAAUCGCGACCUGACCUUCAAACGAAUCCAGCUUCCUACUAUUCAUCCCAGGGCGUUUGUUCCCGCUGUGGAGAGACCAUGCCAGACUUUAUGCAGUUGGAACAUGAUGACUGGCACUUGGCCAAAGCCCUUGCAAGCCAGGAGCAGCAGCCCCUUAGCGCCGCUCGGGUACGUGGCGCCGGGAAGACAAGACAAACGAAGCUGGCCUUUGGCUGA